AUAUUGUACUAUUUACAUAAUAUUAUUGUUUUUUGGUUCAACUACUUGUGUGUUUAAAUACUUGUGUGUGGUGUCCCUACAUUUCUAUCAGUGUCACUGAGCUGAAAGUUCACUGUCCUCUGGGUCAGUCUUUCCCAUAGGCCAUGAUGAAACCAGCGCAACCCCUGGCCUUUCACUGUAUUGGGCCUAUACAUUAAUGGGAGGUGAGGCAGCAUGUUGAUAAUGGUCCUAUUAAUCACCAAACAAUUACACAUCCUUGUUUUUCUUAUUUUUAUAUCUUGCAUCUGUGUUGCAUUUCAAUAGAAAACAGCAGUUGUGGAAAAGGUUCAAUUCGUGAAUGGCAUUUUGCGUUUCACUAAGACGGCAUGUGAGUUGAUAUUUCUUCAAGACAAUUGUUUGCUUAGUGGGUGCAAACAAACCAAUGAAUUUGUGAAUACAAAAAAAAGUUAGCAGCUGUAAUAGUUUCUGUGGACACAAUGCCAAACACUUGUUUAUAAGGCACACGAGUAGUAUUUUAUUCAGUCAUGUAUUUUAUGUCUCCUUGUGUGCCAAUGACCUUGCAUGUGAUGAGGAUGAGAGGAUGAUGUGAAUGUGAGAGGGCCAUUGGUUAGUCCAAAAAACAUUCAGAUUAUCUUGUCCUCAGUACCGCUAAGACAACCCCCAGGGCAACACAAACUUACCCGCCCCUAAACUGCCAAACUAAGGCGGGGAUAGCUGUUGGGUCCAGAGUAUAUAAAAGGGCGGCCUAUAUAUAUGGGAGACAGCUAUGUCUUGAGAGCCUUCAUGGAGGAGCAUCUAUUGCAACACAGAACACCUACAGAUUCCUACACAUCAUGUGGAAGGACACCAGCACCGAUGUCCCUGGACAGUUGGCCGUUACCGGAGUCUCGUCCCGGAGUACCAACCGCAGAAAGAGGACCAGCUUCUCCAAAAAGCACGUGGAGCUACUCCGUGUCACCUUUGAGACAGACCCUUACCCUGGCAUCAGCCUGAGAGAGAGCCUGUCCCAGAAAACAGGGCUACCUGAAUCUCGUAUCCAGGUGUGGUUCCAGAACAGGAGGGCUCGGACUCUGAAGUGUAAGGGAGCUAAGAAGUUUAUGUGCCAAUCAGACUCUGGCUUACACUCCCCUGGUGGGUUCACUACCCACCACAGCAUUGCCCCUCUGUCCACCCCCCCCUGCCUGCCCCCUGCCUACCCCGCCCAGGUGAAGGAGGAGGAUUACUUUUUCUAUGGACGCUACUUUCCACCAUACCCUGGAGCGGAGGAGACUGGCCACAACAGGCAGGCCAGGGUGCUGGGAUACAGCUCCAGCACGCACAUGAAGAGCCCCGGGCACCAGAUGGUUCAAGGAGCCUGGCCCCAGGCGGUUGAUCAGACGACUCCAGUCCAGUCCAUGUGGAGCCCCUCUCCUCUGGAGGUGAGGAACUACAGCUCAGGCUCCAGCAAGGCCUUCCUCUACCAUCGCUCAGCCGAGCAGCAGCCCUUCUACAACAACCCCCAGGAAGCCUAUGGGGGCCCCAUUUCCCAGACCCAGGCCACAGCCACCCCGGAUUCCGGCUGCUGGGAGGUUGGACAAGAGAACACCCCUCCGAUGGAAGGCCAAGGUUCCCGAUUGGAUGGCUCCUGGAGCAUGGCUAUGUCUACCACAGAAUACCCAGGACAAGCCCAGCACUAUGCCCCCUUACCAGAGCUCCCGGCCAUGUCCCUGCAGGAGAUCCUGGGAGAGCUGGAGGGGGAGUAGCAGGAGGGAGAUGGACUGGACAGCCACCCCAAUGGGGACGAACUGGUUUACUGCUGAAGUCUUAUCUCACUUUUUUUUUGAAUGAUAGACAAUCUCUUUAUUGUUAUUAUUAUUGUAGCAUUUUGUAUGUUUGUGGGAGUACGAGAGGGUUUACUGUAUAGCCUGUGUUUCUGUGGACUAAAUGCGCCCAGAGAGAGAAAGAGAGAGAGAGACAGAGAGAGAAAGAGAAAGAGAAAGAGAAAGAGAGAGAGAGAGAGAGAGAGGAUCAAAUGUCCUUAGUAAUUCCACACUGAUUCAAUUUAUUCUCCCAUGUACUUCAUCCCAAUUAAUUUCAAUAACCUAAAAUGUAUCUAUUUAUUUAUCUAUCACUUCCUGCACUAUCACUUCCUGCACUACUCAGACUAUUUGCAUUGCCACCCUCCACCCCCCACGCUGCUGCUACUCUCUGUUAUUACCUAUGCAU